AUGAGAAGCCGCAAGGCGAACCAGAUGGAUUUGGAAGAAAUGGGGUAUGAUGAUGAAGAACCUCCGUUAUAUGUCUGUGGAACUCUAGCAGCGUGGAUCCAGAUACUGGAGGAUCCACAAAGGGUUCAGGCAUUGCUGGAUGGAGGUGCGGAAAUCAAUGUGAUGCAAGCCUGGCUAGCGGAAAAACAUGCGCUGCCAGUCACUCUGCACGCCAAAGGAACGAUGAGAAGUGCCAACGGAGGUCUCACGCCGUUUGUUGGAAUCUGCGAGCGGGUCCCAGUACGGAUUGGGAGUUUCCAAUAUUAUGUCCCUUUCUUCAUUGUGGACACGCGCGGCGGACAUGCAGUGGUGCUGGGGAGGCCAUUUGAACACAUGAGCCGUAUGGCGCACACGAACACAGCUUCCGGGGCGGUCAUGACAACGAUUUAUUCAAUGGACAGGACGAAGGUCGCGAGAAUGAAGGUUUUCACCCCCGGAACGCGUAGGAUGGAGACCCGGAGGGACGUUUUCGAAGAUCGGAGGUUAAUUGGAGAGGAGCCGGGAAACUAGCCGCUGGGUUUGUACCGAGCCCAGGACCCAGCGGACGGAGGGGCUCAAGGCCAUCAUACCAAAGUAUGGCGGAUGUUAUGUCACGUGAUGUUGGAGAACGGACAUACAUGAGUAUUGCGGAGUUGGAGAAAAUGGCUCCAGUACGGGAAGUGCGGUUCCAGCCGGCCCUUUGCUGGGAUGGAAGUGGAAUAGAGCCACGGAUAAGCCGACGUGUGGACUUGGUGACACUGAGACAGCAGUAUUUGGUAAACACCAAAUACAAAAGGAAAGCAGAUAAGGUCCUGCCAGUAAACAAGCCCGAUCCAACAGGGGCGGCACCAGUUGGAAAUGGGGACUGGCGGUUGAAGGUUCUGAAGAAGUAUUAUUCGAACCAGUGGUCAAGAGUGGAGGAGGUCAAGGGGGAAUUUCAAAGGAGUGUCAUUCCCAAAAUAUCAGGGAUCGCGAGAGGGUCACGG